UAGAAAGGGGCGUGAGAUUAUAAAACCGAGGAUCGCUGUAUGUCUUUUUGUACCUUCCACGCAUUUAGUCCCUACCGCCCACGGCCACCAUCUGCUGCUCCCGAAGCAGAGGCUCAUACAACGGCGUCAAGCCUGGAGCUUUAAAGACAACAACGGGGUACCCCGUUUAAAGCACCACGGUUCCUAAGACAUUGGAUUAGCUGAGUGAACUUUAUCACUAAAGCUAAGACCACCGUUGUUGCCGCCAUCCACCAGUCCCAGAAAUCAGAACAAAAUGGUGCAGAACAAGAUCACCGAAGUUACCGGAUUCCAUCGCUCUUUUAAGGGCCAAAAUCCCUUUGAAUCUGAGGAAUUUUCCAAAACAGGAUCCCAUCUCCUUGAAUCUGCCUUCAAUUUUGAUUGUUCCGCCCGACUUGACAUGCCAUCCAGCCAGCCCAUCGAUAUCCCAGAUGCCAAAAAGAGAAACAAGAAGAAAAAGAGAUGCAGGGCAACAGACAGCUUCUCAGGGCGAUUUGAGGAUGUAUAUAAACUGCAAGAUGAGGUGCUGGGAGAAGGGGCCUAUGCCAGAGUCCAGACCUGCAUCAACCAAAUCACCCACAAAGAAUAUGCUGUGAAGAUCAUUGAGAAAAGGCCAGGACACAGCAGGAGUCGUGUUUUCAGAGAGGUGGAAAUGCUGUAUCAGUGUCAGGGGCACAGAAAUAUUCUGGAGCUGGUGGAGUUCUUUGAGGAGGAGGACAAGUUUUACCUUGUGUUUGAGAAGCUGAGAGGAGGCUCUGUCUUGGCCCACAUUCACAAGAGGAGAUACUUCAGCGAGCAGGAAGCUAGCAUUGUGGUGCAGGACAUUGCGAGUGCACUGGACUUCCUUCACAAUAAAGGAAUGGCCCACAGAGACCUGAAGCCUGAAAACAUCUUGUGUGAACACGAGGACAGGAUUUCGCCUGUGAAGAUAUGCGAUUUUGAUCUUGGCAGCGGAAUUAAACUCAACAGUGACAGUUCACCCAUCUCCACUCCAGAGCUCCUCACUCCAUGUGGAUCUGCUGAAUACAUGGCGCCGGAAGUUGUGGAAGCCUUCAAUGAGGAGGCCACCAUCUAUGAUAAGCGCUGUGAUCUUUGGAGCCUGGGCGUCAUCCUUUACAUCAUGCUGAGCGGUUACCCUCCCUUCGUGGGCCGCUGUGGAAGCGACUGUGGAUGGGAGAACGGAGAACCUUGUCAAGCGUGUCAGAACACCUUGUUUGAAAGCAUCCAGGAGGGCAAGUAUGAGUUUCCGGAGAAAGAGUGGGCUCAUAUUUCCUCCAGUGCCAAAGACCUAAUUUCCAAACUGCUUGUGCGGGACGCCAAGAAACGUCUCAGCGCUGCUCAGGUUCUCCAGCACCCCUGGGUACAAGGGGGUGCCUUUGACUGUCUCCCUUCCUCCAUCCUGUUGCAAAGGAAUAGCAGCACUAAGGACCUGACGUUCUUUGCGGGCAAGGCUGUUGCCAUGAACCGGCAACUAGCCGAGCAAGACGACCUAGAAGAACAGCAGCUGCAGGACACCCCUCAGGUCGUUACAGCUGGUGCCACGUCCAUGCGCCUCUCCCCUCCCUCCAACUCCAAACUGGCCAAGCGCAGACAGAGGAGUAGCCUGCUGAAAGGAGCGCCCGUGUCUGCCUCCGAGCUCAGGCAGCUCCUGGCACCACUGGUCAUUGUGGGAGACUGUGCUUGAUCGGUUGAGCUGGGCUCCCCGUGAACAAUUUUCCAAUUUCAAAUGGACAAAGUAUCUGCUACCUUUUGUGCAAAUCCCUCUCCAUUUCUUCUACCCACUUGAAUGGGACCCAGUCCUUUCCUACACAAUGGUUCAGUUUGUGCCUGUUGCAAAUCCAGUUUGCUGCUUUAAGCACUGGAGCAAAAGCUCCUACAGCACUUUGAUCAGCUCUCAACAGCAUGGGAAUUACCUUGAGAGCUCAAGGCAAAUGAACUGAACUCUGUUUAGGACAGAGAUUGGGUUACACAAGCCAUUUGGAAAUUUGUCUAAAGGUAGAGCGUAAAAUACCAGCUCAGACACCAAAGGUCUAAUACCUCCCACCCCCCUUCCCGAACCUCUUUUUGUGCUGCUUCCACGUUACAACUGGAUCCACUGUGAAUUUUCUCUGUGAGAGAUACAACUGCGUUUGUUUUUCAGGAAAGUUCUUCCUGUAUGUGUGUAUGUGCAUAUAUCCCCCUCCCCUUCAGCAGAUACUGAAGAUGCUGGUAUGUGCUUAUGCAACCCUGAUGAAGGCUAUUAUGACUUGCAUUAUUUCAGCAGAGAUCUUGUAUAAGUGGAGCGAAGCUCUGAUAAUAGUGCCUCACCUAACUUAAUGCAUCGCUGUACUUCCCCCACAGCCUUGUAAUUGCAUCAAAAAAUCCCCCUGACCAUUAAGAAUAGCUAGUUUUUUCUCUGUUAUUCAAGCACUUCCAGAGUGUGUCCUUCUAGCUAGACUAUCCCAGCAGUCUGCUUUCGAGACAUAGGUUCCCCUGGUUGAGGAACCGGUAAAUGCAUUUGAUUUAGGGUGUAUGUGAGGUUUUCGCAAGACUCCAAUUGGAAUUGCAGCAUCCGAUGCAUCCAAACUGAUGUUUGGGAAACACAACUAUUUCCUGUAAAUUUCACCCAAAUCUUAUCAAUAACUGAUAAGAGUGACUAUAAACAUUUCCAAGCACAACUGGGAUUGAGUGCACGCUGGGAAGCGACCAGAUGGUUGCACAAGCACACGUCUGCCAAUGUGACUACAUGAAUGACGAUGGUCCGUAUCAGAGAGUACCCCACUUUAAGGGGGGGUGAUUAUGGUACGGAAAUAUCGAACUGUCAGAUUGUGGAUGCCACCAAAAAGCAAACCAUAUAAAUAUAAAGAGGGGAGGGAGAGAUUAUUUUCAAGUAACAUAAAACCAAAAAAAAAAAAAAAAUCGAAAAAGCAUUCCAGCAAAAGUAUUUAAAAAAAAAAAAAUCUAAACAAAAAAAAAAAAAAGUCUUCCAAGAAAAUGUAGCUGUAUGAGUGAAAUGGUCUAAGAAAGUUUACUUGGUUUUUUUUUUUUUAUACGUUAAUGGUUGACUCCAAUACAGAGUGUGCCACACUGAUGUUUCAAACUUUGUUGAGCUUUGUUUAACUUUUUAUUGAAAGAAUAUUGUUUUCUAUCUUAUUUUUAUGCAGGUGCUGUUCAGGUGGAACGUUUUCCUUUUUUAUAGUUUUGUUACUUUAUUAAUGUUGAUUUAAAUGCUGUAAAGAGCGAGAAGAGUGUAUUUGAAUGUGACUGGAGUUAGGGGGAAAAAGGAAGGAUUAAAACGAAGGAAGGAAAAAAGACAGUCAUAUAAUCUGUACAGAUCUGAUGUUUUACUGUUUUUGUUCUUGCGUUGGAAAUGACUUCAGGGUUGUUUAAACUCCCUUUUUCUCUUAGAAACCAUUGGUGGCUUGAUCGUUUUAGUAAGAUGCAACAAUUUUUGCCAAAGUGCGCUCGUUUCUAGAAUCGAAUGCACUGCGGUGUCUGGUAGUGCUGAUCAUGAAUCAGCUUUAGCCUUUCCCAUGCCAAUUCAUAAGACACAGCAUACUUGGUUGAGCUGAGCACAGACCAUCAUUCCCUCUCCGAGGUGCAGAGAACAUUUGAGUCCAGACGUCUGGAUUCAGAUUAAGUCUUUAUAAAUUCUGCAAGCAUUAGUGUCACCAAUGGGAGUUCAAAUCACCCAAGCAUAUGAUCCUGUUGAAUGUUUUCAGAGUGUCGCCCAUUCUGUCGUGUUGCUCUGAGAUGCUUUGAGAAACCUAAUGGCAGUCCUUGUAUUAGAAGGGCCCAUUAUGCUGAUUAUUAUGACACUGAUUGUAACCUUUAUUGAUUUUUUUUUUUUUUUUUCUUUCUUUAAGAAUCUUUUUACAGAUGCAUCUUUGUGGGUUUUUUAUGUCUUAUAGUAAGACUUGAAUUGUAUGUGCAGCAGUUUCCUCAUGUUUUGUUCAGGAAACUACUUUUGCUACGAUGUACAAAUGGCAAACAAAAAAUUUCAUAAGCUGAGAUUUAAAGCAAUCUUUGGUCUGGAAAGUACCAUUUCUGCCACUUCUGUUCAGUAUUUUAUCUUUCUCCUUGGCUUUGGUAUAUUGCAGAUAUCCCAAGUGUUUGUAUUUUCCGAAGAGUCUGUGGCGCUUGGCUGGUCCUCUAAAGCCUGUGUGCCUCUGACAAAAGAUUCACCACUCUCUUACCCAUAAUAUAGUUAUGGGUUGCCUUGAUCUGACUUGGAUUCUCAAAAAAAAUUUGGGGGGGAUGUAGAAAGUUCUCAUUCAAUGUUCCUGUUUUACACAGCCCAAUAUUAGCCAUUACAAACAAGUAUCUUAAUAUGAAGUUCCUUUGUUUUCUUUUUCCCCAACCCAAAUAUUAUUGGGAUAAAAGUAUUCAGGUGCACCAUUGUUGUUGUUGUUUUUUUUAACAAUUUAAUGUGACCCUCUAGUCUGAAGGCUAUUGUUUUUGGGGUUUUGUCGGCAACGCUUAAGAACACUGUUUGUCCAUUUCCAAAUUCCAAACUUUGUCCAAAAUAAUAAUUGGGGAAAAUCUGAAACGGGGUUUCAUUUGGGGCAACAGGUAUAGAUUUAAAAAGCACUUUACUGUACGUGAUUGACUGCAGUUCACUCGAAGCUACAUUUAUGACUGUUGUGACAGAAUUUUGUAUUGUUUUGUACAAAACAAAACAACAAAAAUGCAAUAAAAUGCUUUAAACAA